GGUUGUGGCGAACGGUGGCUAGGCGAGGUGAGGAGACGAGCGGCGAGCAACGGCGACCAACUGCGUUGUAUCUCAGACCUCAGUACGUUUGGUGCUGUCGCGGAGUGAGGUUAGGUGAUAUCGUGAUUUUAUGUGACUCGCGCUACCGAUAUGGUCGCUCCUCGCAAAGCGUCGUGCGUCUCGCAUCGCGUCGGUUGUUUAAAUCUUGACGGCGUUCGAUUUUCAAACGCGAAUUUUCGUAAAUUUGCGGCGUGAAAUUGAUCGUGCAUCGUAGUGCGUGUCUUUGAAAUUUGGUUCGUCGUGUUACUCCGGCGAGACGCUUAAGUACAACGAUCGAUGCUCGCAUCUUUGUAUAAAUCAAUUGCACCGUGCUUUUGAAAAAUCACUUGUUUUUUUUUCGACAAGUUGUUGGUGAUUUCUAAAAAUUGGUGACGAAAUGCUCGAGGAAUUGGCUGUCACACUUUGAAAAAUUGAUUGUGCCAAUUGUGCGUGUCGGAUUGAUAUAGAGUAUGUUAUUGUAAAAAACAAGUGGAGAGAGAGGGGGGGAGAGAAAGAGAGAGAGAGAGAGAGAGUUUGUCAAACUUGAAAUUUGAGAGCCGAGGGAGUCUCUCUCUUCUAAAAAGGAUUGCAAGUUUUAUCCAUACAUUAUUCAUGUAAGUUGUAAUUCGAACAUAUACACAAGUUGAUCAACGUGAAGAUUUAAAUAUUGAAAAGGUAUCGAAACGAUUCAGGACUUGGUUUGGAAAAUCUUGAAAAUUUACAAGUUGAAAGUUGAUUUGAAAAGUUUGGCCAUCGAAAUAACUGAAAAUUCAAUAAUCUCAGAGUUUAAAGAACAAAUAAAUUUGAAUUUUAGUUGUGUAUAAACGUAUCAAGAUUUAAAAGUGAAAAUUUAACAUCAGUUGCUAACCGAAAAGAGACACGGAGAAAGAGAAAGAGGAUCUACAAUUUUGACGAGUGAGAAACUCGACAAUGCUCCAGAAUGCGGCGAAACUUGGACAUUAAAAAUUUCUAAGUAGCAACUUGCCUUCAGACUCAAAUAGUCAACUGUUGGACUAUUCGAAGAUCUCCAAGAUGUGGCGCAUUCCAAGGUUGUGAAAUGAUAAUCAGCAAACCGUUCCAAAAGUCAAGGAUCAAAAGUUUGAUGUAUGGAGAUUUUAACAUUUAGGAAUUAAAAAUUCAAUAUCGUGACAACAACCUUUAUUCGAAAAACUAUCUGUUCGGUAGAGCAUUUAAUCAAAAGUGGAGUAUCUCGAUGACAUUCGACAUCGAUAUGUUGUCAUAGAAGGAGUUGGCUCUCGCGAGCGAAAGUGAACGCAAGCGGAGAAAGAGAGAGAGAGAGAGAGAGAGACGACUACAGCACGAUUGAGAGUGAAACGCAAGAAUAGGUUUCUGCGAAAAGUAGGUGUCCAUUUGUGGAUGAGACAACGACGAAUCGACUGGUCCAUAUUCAGUAUCCUGCAGAUGGGUACUUUUCUCCGCUAACAUUCGCGGACAGGUGACACUUGGUUAUCUAAAUUUUCGAUGCAUAGAUUCAACUGUUGGUAGAUGACGUCGAUCUCUCGGAAAGACAGAUAGGGUGAUCGGGAUAGGACUGAUCGCCGAAGGAACGAUAAAACAUGUCGAGGCUGCUGAAAGGAGAGCCGACGGCCGGUUGUGUGAUUGGCUCGUGCGCAGAUAGAGGAUCGUAUUAGCUCAACUGACAGUGACGCAUGUCGUAAGCCACGUGAGAGUGACGGAGGAACGACACGCUGGACGUCACGCAGGAUCGGGAUUCAUUAAGAGAGAGAGAGUGAGAGAGUGAGGAGAAAAGAUAGACUAAUAGAGAAGAGAGAAAGAGAUAGAAUCAACUUUGAAAGAGAGAGAGAGGCAGAGAGAGAGAGAGAGAGAGGCAGAGAAGAAACGGGCGAGCCUCUUAUUGUCUACCGGAAGUCAUAUGCCCAUACACACGCGUAAAACGCGUAGAGCUUGCGAAGAAAUCGAAAUGGUGGAGUUGUGUGGUAGCGGGCAAGCUUCUUCGGCCAUGGGAGUAAUGGGCAUCGGUUCGAUGGUGACCGCGGCGACGUCGUCAUCCUCUUCGUCGACUACCACGACUACAGGCGCCUCAUCCUCAGGCACAUCGGGACGUGCCGGUAUUCUCGAAACGCAAGUGCGCGGUCAGUGGUAUCGCGUAUUCGUCUCUUUGGAAGACGAUUAUCUCAGCAUUUCUCUCGAUGAGAGUUGCGAGACUGCCGCCGCUGCCGCCGCCGCCGCCGCCGCCGCCGCCGCCGCUGCUGCCGCCGCCACCGCUGUCACCACCACCACCGGUAACAACGCCCUGAACAACGGCAACAUCAACAAUAACAAUGUGGACAGUUUAAACGAUCCAGAUGUGCCCGAUUCGGUAGCCAAUCAAAAGCGCAUUGUCCGUGUGGUGAAAAGUGACAACAAUGGCUUGGGAAUUUCGAUAAAGGGCGGCAAGGAGAACAAAAUGCCUAUUCUCAUCUCCAAGAUCUUUAAGGGCAUGGCGGCGGACGCUACCGAGCAACUGUACGUCGGCGACGCCAUUUUGGCGGUAAACGGCGAGGAUCUACGCGAAGCGACGCACGACGAGGCGGUGAAGGCGCUCAAGAGAGCUGGCAAGAUCGUCGAACUAGAAGGUAAGAAUGGCCAAAUAAUUUUGUGGAGCUUUUUGGAGUGGCACACUGUCAAGUACCUGCGGGAAGUGACGCCGUACUUCAGGAAAGCUUCGAUCAUCCAGGAAGUGGGCUGGGAACUUCAGCGCGGUUUCCUGAGCGCGACGCCGCCGCCGCCAAAGUCACCACCGCGGGCGGAUACUCGUUAUCUGCCAUUACAACUCUGCAGACUCACCAGGGCGCAUCCCUCUUCCGAUCCCGAAGGACGUAUCCUAGAAUUACAUUCGCCCGAUGGUGUUCACGAAUGUUGGUUGAGAGCUGCUGACAACACGGAAGCGAAUGUCUGGUUCAAUGCUUUGCACUCGGCGUUGGCAGCCCUUACCUUGAAAGCAUUACGACUGGCCUCAGCACUUCCGGAUCCGCAGCAGCUUCAGCACAUAGGCUGGUUAGCGAGAAGACACUGUCUUCAGAAUGGACGAGCAAGUAGUGAGAGCAGCGAAGACGGAGCCGGAAGUAGUGCAAGCACUUCGCGAGGAGCCGGGAGUGGAUUCGGUCUUGCCGCUGGAUGCACCGGCGGAUGGCGUAGUGUCUUUGGCGCAGUUUCAGGCCGGGAACUCAGAUUGUACGAGUGUGCGCCUUGGAGUCCAGAAGCUUGGGCUUCGCCGAGCAUUACCUGCCCUCUUAUCGCAACACGACUGGUCUCCUCUCCAACGCGACAGAAUGAAGCAGCGAGCAGCAGUAGCGGUUCGACUCAACACGGGGCGACGUUCGCGGUUCGGGUUGGCACGAUGGACGGGGUAAUCACGCAUCAUUUACGAGCUGAAACACGAAGAGAUCUGGCGGCCUGGGCACGGGCGAUCGUUCAGGGAUGCCACGCGGCUGCUCAUUCCUUGCGGGAGUACACCGUUCGUUGCACAUGGCAAGGUAAGGCCUGUCAAUUGGUUGUCAACCAUGAAGAAGGUUUCGCGCUGUACUCCGCAGGAACGCGGGGCACCGCCGGGAACGGCGUAAGUCCUGGAUCACCACCCACGCCACUCUGGAGAAGAUCCUUCGACAAAUUGAAAAUGUCCGCGGACGACGGCGCCCGUCUUCUGUGGCUCGAUUUUGGUGGCGAGGAUGGCGAAAUUGAGCUUGAUUUGGAGAGCUGUCCGAAACCAAUCGUGUUCGUCCUGCACAACUUUCUUUCGGCGAAGAUUCAUCGGCUCGGUCUGAGUGCAUAGGGGCACGAGGGGGCCCUUACAGAGGCCCCCGACUUGCCUCCUCACACUACCAGGUCUGUUACCAGCGUCUUUCUUCAUUGAACCGGGAAGAAUUACAAUGAGAGAAAAAGAAAAUUCAUUUUUUUCUUCGAGGAUUCGAAGUAACAAAUAAUAGUACUGAGACUUGAUGAGUUGUUACGAAAUAUCCUAAUGGAUAAGAAGCGUAAGGAAAGACUAUCUUUAUCAAAGGUUUCGCAUCGCAUGGAACAUCCUAUUCCAGUGCUAACGUUUUGGAAUAUGAGGGACGAGAGAUUCGAAGUGAAACAGAGUAAUAGUGUAACAGUUUAGAAAGAGUGAGAGUAGGAUAAUAAAUUCGCAUGCAGGCUAACGAUCCGAGAAUUCUGAAAAGUUAUUUGAAAUGAUACAAUUAAAAAUUGACAAAGUGGAUACGACGAAUAUUCAAUUUUGCAGAAAAUUGAUAAUUUCAAGUAUUGAAAAUAUAUUAGAUAUUUAAAAUUUCAGAUAUUAUAAGAUUUAUUAUAAAUCACUGAAAUCUAAAAUCUUUUAAACUCCAAGAUUUUCGAGAACAAUUUUAAAAUAUUCAAAAAUUCUAAAUUUUAGAACGCUCAAAAAUUAUCGAUUUGAUUAUUUCCGAUUUGAAAUUUUAUGUUAAUGUUUGCUUUAAUAUGUAAUAUAGCAAGCACUUUGAAGAGAGGAUAUACUCGUGUCAGAUAUUUAUAAUGUGGAAAUCAAAGGUCAAAAUACAAUAUACAACAAGACCUUAAAAGAUUUCAAAAACGGCCUAUCUUUUUUAACAAAGAUGCAAAGAUUCAAAUUGCACACAUCGUAGAAUUCUCGGACUCGGUCUAAGGAUUCCAAUAUCUCGUCAAAGAGGUAUAAACGAAGGUGGGGAAAAAAGACUGUACGUUUAUAAUUUUGACAGUCCAUGUUUGAAGAUCAUCGAGAAGCUCGAUUGCGAUAAAUCGACUCAAGACGGUCGUUAAAAACUGGGUAAGAGUCCCUUUUCUUCUUUUUAUUUUCAACGAUAAUCGAUACGAAGCCAUCCACGAGACGAUAUAUCGAAGAAAGUAACGAUACGUGACAAGGACGGAGAAGCGGAAAGGUGAAGAAAAACACUCAUCCCGCUGAUCAACGCGCCUAAGUAACUAAUUUAAUUAACUAUUUACCUAAACCUAAGUAAUACUAAUCGCAAAGAACUGAUUCGACAGAUUAUCGAUAAAUAUUUAUUAAUCCAGUGUCGGAUGUCAAAUUGCGAUAAUUGUAACGAGCAUGGAAAUCAGGUAAGCACGAUCGUUUAAAUGACGACUGACGAUCCAUUAAUACAUUCUUGCUUUUAAAUGUAAUUCAUAUAACUUGAGUUUUGAGAAAUAAUAGUUUGAAAUUAUAUCUUGAUAAAAAAUAUUGCUAUUUGCUACGCGCGAGAAACAAUAUUUCAUUAAAUUAAAUCUUGUUUUUUUAAAUAAAACAAUUGUUUUUCGAUUUAACUUUUGUCAGUGAAUUAAAUUACGUAUUUAAAUAAAAUUAAAUUUGUUUACUUGAUAUAAAAUUUUGUGUUCAAUAAUGUAUACAAAAUAAAUAUGUUUAUGGCAAGGGAUAACGUAUGGAUAAUAUCCUAAUUUUAUCGCGUUAUUUUAAUUCAAUUUUAAUUUAAUUAAGUUAAUUAAAACUCUUUAAUUAAAUUAUAAUAUUUAAAUUUUAAAUAUCAUUUUUAAUUUAAUAAUUUAUAUUAUAUAUAUAUACACAUAUAUAUAUAUAUAUAUAUAUAUAUAUAUAUAUAUAUAGUACAUAUUCAUCUUUUUCAUUAAUAUAUUAUUCAUAAACGCUGUAAUCAUCUACCAGCGAGGUAUUUUACAACUUAAUCAACUUUAGAUAUAUUGACAUUUUAUUUAGUUAAUAUUCAUAUAAAUUAUUUGUUAUUUAUAUGGAUAAAUUAAUUUUCAAUCGAUUUUAAUUAUUGGUAUACCUCAUCAUUUUUGUCCAUAUUAUUUCUCAACCAUUUCACAAAAUAAAACAUUUUACAUAGAAUUUAUAACAUAUAAUUAUUCUCUUCGUCGUUUAAACAUUGUGCCUGAUCCCACGCACGAUUGAGACGCUUCGACGAAGCGUGUAACAUAUUCGUUACGAAAGUAGGAGCUAAUUAUAAUAAAGCCUAUGUUUUCACCGUACAACUAGCGUUGUUAUACACGGUCAGCCAGUCCCGAAAUCCAAUUCUCAUUCAGAUAUCAUACAUUUGACGUAUAAACAUAGGUACCAAUCGUAUAAUUGUAUUUAAGAUUAUGUGGUAUUAUAUUACGGCAGAAUGUUGAACAUCACAUUUAUGAUAGAAUUUAUUAUAGGAUAUCGUAAUAUUGAAAAUUAAUAGUGUCUCUGUGACAUUUAACCUCACGUUUCUGUCAAUGUAAUACGAAAAUGGGACUUUAGUAUCGCGAGCGAUGAAAACAUAGUCAUUAUUAAUAAACAAUGAGCCGCUCAUUGGUUCGACCUUCCACUUCCCUCAAAGGCUUGCAAAAUAUACAUUCCUUUAAACUCACAUAAGUAAUAAGUAGUGAAACAAAAUAGGAAAGGGUAGUAAUAAUAAAUGAAUUUGUUAUUCCAAAUAAGUUUUGUCAAAAUGCAUUACAAAUGUGUGUGUACGUCGAGUGCACAACGUGGAGAUGAUGAAAGUGAGGCUGAUACUCAAUUACAGCAAAUAAUUAUGAUUAGCACAUUCAAUUUGUCUAAUUUUUAAAUGUAUUUUGUAAUCAAAAUUACAUGACGAUUGGGCUUUGUAAAAACGAGUUUCUCUCAAUCGGCCGGCUUUCAUGUAACGAAGGAGAAUAUUAUAUUUUACAUACUUCAAUUUUACACCAGGAUUAUCUGGUCAUCUUCGUCCUCUUUUUUACGAAAAAUUCACGUGCGUCGCACGGGAUACUAAAAUCCACAAAGUUUGAAACACCUGGAAAGGACUUAAAGAGUUUACUCCCUUGAUCUUCCGGCGAGAACUUUCUGCGAGAUAACGUGUUUCGUUUCGGUAAGACGAUAUUUAUGUCACUCCCCUCCCCCCCUGCCCACAGUCAAAGCGCCACGAGUGAGUUCACGGAAGUUGGAAUAUCCUGCGCGUUUCUCGGCCAAAAUACUUUCUCGGAAUUGUACUCGAGAAUGGUGAGGCGAUCGCCGUCGAUCUCAACCAGACAAAAUGGAAAUAUCCUCUUAGAGACCGUUCGGUGGUGAGGCGAGACGGCGAGGCGAGGCGAACCGAGAAUUGACAUUGACUUAUGUUUAGGAACUUCCACACGUCUUUACAUCAGUAAAUGGUAUUAAAAAACAUUCAAUGUUUUUAAAUUUUUGGGAACUCGACAGUGUCAUGAUUUUUAUCGUGAGUUUUACAUCUUUGUGAAAAAUUAAAAGUUUUAUUUUAGAAUAGAGCAAAAAGGCAAAAGUAAUUUUUAAAAAGUAUAACUUGCUAAAAAUAAAUUGACGAUGGCUUCUUUUAAAAAAAUGGUAAAGGUUACACGUUGUGCAAAAUCGAGAGAAUCGAGGGUGUCAAUGUUAAACUAGAAAAAUGACUUAUGCACCCCCCAAAAAAUUGUUCCACGAAAUUUUUUUUAAACAUUUUGAUUUCACAGCAUUUUUUGUGAUUUAACAAAAAAACAUUUUAAAUAUAAUUUGUACAUUCUUAAUAUAGUCAUCUAAGAACCAUUGUUGAACAAAAAUAGAAUAUGAAUCGCCAAAAUUAUCAUCGCGUUCUGAAAAAAUAUUAUGGCAUUUAAGCAAAACCUUAAAAGAAAAACGCGUGAAAUAGAAGGUCCCUUGAUAAUUCAAUGGGCGGCUAUUCUAGCUGUUUUGUACGAUUCGUAUUCUUUAACGCAAGUAAAUUUAAGGUAGUGAAAAGCGUCGAUGUGUACAGCCUGAUUUUUUUGUUUCUCACAAGCAAUAGCAUAUCUAAAUAAUUAUUCAUAUCAUUGCUCAGAAUGUAAAUGUUAAAAAGCCAUAUAAUAUGAAAAGAAAAAAUAAAGAGUUACGAGUUUCCAAGAAAGAAUCCAGGCUUUUUAUUUAAACAAAUAAAACUAGUCUAAAAAUUAUUAAAAGAUCUAAUAAUCAAAGGAUCUAGAAUCAUGAUUUUCUAGAAUCUGGGAACUCAUUUGUAAAGUUCACAUCAUCUGUUUAAAUUUAAAUAAAUCUAUUUUUAACUUUUUAAAUAAAUUUUUAAGUAAUUUGCGGAGAUUUCAUAUAUUGGACAGUAUAAAAAAUUUAAGAAAUCCAUCGAUUUAUAACACGCUCUAUAGAUGAAAUAUAAAUCCUAAAAUAUACAUAAAUUAAGGAUACUCAAGAAUUUAUAAAUUUAACUCCUCGAAGAUAUGCAAAUUCUUAUAAAAAUUGACAAACUCUCUAAAAUCGAAUCUCAGAAUAAAUCUAAUUUAAAUAUAGAGUCCUAAUUUCGAAACAUUCCAAUGGAAUCUCUCAUUGAUUAUAAUAUGUGGCAUUUGAGAAUCUCUUUAAUUUUAAAAAGUGUGAUGGUUUCGAGAAAAAGAUUUUUUAAAGAUCGUUAAAAUUUUAACACAUCAUGUGAAAAAAGAAUCAAAGAUUUACUAGCAAUCAAUAAUCUCUGGAAUCAUUAAAUUCGAAACGAGGAAAUCAGGCGUCUAACAAGUUAUCCUUGACAAGAUUAUGGAAGAAUGUAAGAAUGAAGAUUUUUUCACAGGCUUUUAUAGCAUAUCGAAAGUAUAUUGCACGUACAUUAUACUUUACCAGACUAAAGAUCAGCAUAAAUAACUACUUACUAUUGCUCUCAUUUAUUUCAUCAAAAUAAAUUAUUUGUAUCUCUAAACUAUAAAUUCUUUUGUAUGCAGAAACUUGCAAUGUUUCUAUUGUACGAGUAUAUCUUGGAAUACUUCACGACCAAAUUUCUCAAUUUGUCUCAAUAUUUUUUAUACAUUUAUUCCUUGCUAUUCUAUUCUAUUUAUAAUAAUAAUAAUAAUAAUAAUGAUAAUGGUAAUAAUAAUGUUAAUAAUGAUAAUAAUAAUAAUUAAUAAUAAUAAUGAGACAGCGACUUGUAACGGGUAAUCUCGCGAGGGCGAGUUAUCCGUUACGCGGUAAUGCCUUGUAGUUUUAGAAGCUGCAAGUCAACUUUUAAACAAUAAUGACGAUAAUAAUAAUAUUUUAACUACUAAUAGAUUUUUGUAUUAUAAAUUCUACUAUCAUGUUUGGUAUGUGUUAUAAAAGCCUGUGAUUUUCUUUUUCUGUAUAAAUACGAGUGUCUCCCAUCGAGAUUGUUGAAUGUUGUAUAGGGUGGACGUACAAUAAGAUUGAAGUUAAGUAGACAUAUCAACGAAGUCAUGUACUAUUGAUUGUGUGCAUUUAUCACCUCCCGAGCAUUUUUCUGCGCUUCUCCAGCCGAAUCGGAACAAUUUUUCAUCGCUUUGUAGUUUGCGUAAUUAUGUACUUUCGUGGAUACUUUAUCAAUGAUUUUAAUCUUAAUGUCAAGUAUGUGUUCGACAAAAUGGCUUUUAAAAUAGACAAUUAUUAAUAAUUUUGUCUUAUUUCUAAAUAGUAUUAAAUAAUUUAUUUAAAUAUAGAGACUGAUUAAUAUUUUUAUAUCUAAAACAGCAUGUCUAAAACUGCCUGUACUCUAAUGCAAUCUAAUCUUUAACGUCGGGGCAAAGUGAUGGCGAGGAUAUUAGUGGUGAAUUAUUGCGUCCGUUUUGGAUCGAUGGAGCGCAUCUCGCAUAAACGCGCGUAAGCGACUGUUAACAAGUUAUUAACAUGAUUAUUAUUAACAAACUAAGUUGAAUAUCAAGGAUUUUAUUAGUAAAUUUGUUUACGCGUGGAAUGCAUAUUUUUUAUAAUAAUUUAGAGUGAAUCGUUGAGUAAAUCGGAGGAUGUGACGGAAACUUUCCGCUUUAUUUUCCCUAAGUUUACAGCAGAUUUGUAUAUUGAUGAGUUACCAAAUAAACAAAAGCAGUUAGAACAAC